AAAAAACACACUUUUUUUUUUAAAAAAAAAAAACAUCAUGUCUGUUGUCGAAGGAAUUCCAGCUCCUUAUUACGUUACUUGUUUACAUGAAGAAGGACGAAGUUAUUACAAUAAUAAAAAUCAUGCAUUUGAAUUAAGAGUAAAUGGUAUUGAUAGAUCAUUCUUCGUACAUUUAGAAUAUCUUACCUCUCAAUCAACAUUCUUUCGAGAUAAUUGUACCGACGUAAAAGAAGGUGAUCUAGUGGUAAUUGAUGUACCAUCUCCCGAGACAUUUGAGCCAAUUAUUGAAUAUUUAUAUUUUGGAAAUGGUGAUAAAUGGUAUGAUACCAUGACUAUUGAUAAUUAUGGUGAUGUUUAUCAUAACGUUGAAUACCUCGGUUUAGACGAUAACGCAAAAUCAAUUUGUCUUGCAUUUUAUCAAGCAAAUCAAUCCAGUUUAGAGGCGUAAAAAAAAUUAUAGAAAAAAAUAGAUAGAUCUAUACAAAUAAAAGUAGCUCUUCUAGUUCUGCAAUUGUAAUUUUAUUCAUAUAUACAGUAUAUAUUAUUUCAACAAUCAAAAAAAAAGAAAAAAAAUAGCUUUUAAAAAAAAAAGGACAUUUUCGCAUAAAUUCA